AUGCUUACAACAGAAUCGUUUCACUCUCAAUUGGGUCUACGACCCCUCCAUCGCACUGGUGACUACGACUGUGACUCUUCCACCACACCUGUGACUGUGUCCCGCCUCACCUCCUUGGACUCUACCUUAAUAGGUUAUUUGAUGGCUCUUGUUUGGUUCAUUCCCUAUACUGAAUCGAGAGUCAAAACCUUGCAUAUGUAUUCAGCUUAUCGUCUUAAGCAACUGUUAUUUCAUCCUUCAUUCACCUUAUCGCCGUUGCAUUGCUACCACCGCGGAAUUUCCUCUUCCCUUCUCGCACUCGCCAGUUAUUCCACUACCUUAUCUGCUUCUACUCGUAACAAGAAAAAGCUAAACAGAAAAGAUAAUUCCGUUAUUGGUACUAGUCGUCGAGUUCUAAUAGAUUCUGUAGUGAAGUGGAGGACCCGAUCGGAUAAAAAGUUCGAUGAGGAGAGCUUUCGUCAAUUUGGUGACACCAAGAGUCAUAUUCCGGUGAUGCUAGGUGAGGUAUUGGAGGUUUUUGAUUCCCACAAACUUUAG